CAAAAUGAUUCACGCCCUCUGUUCUUGGGCUUUAGUUGAGAAAGAAUUUCAGAAUAUUUCUCAAGGAUGUAAUGAAAAACCGGCAUUCUAUCUUUUUAGAGUUGCCAAAUCUUUUUCCCAGAUGGGACCGUUUGUGAACCUCGUCCAUGUUUGUUUCUCUUUUAUGGAUUUAAAUUUUUCUCUGCUGAUUGAAAAAAACAAAAGAAAAACCUUCGAUUUUCAAAACAAAAGAUUUGUGAAACCAAUUUCUAUCGGAUUGGAUUAAAACCGAAUCGGACCGGUCGAUUGUCGAAAAAGCCGUCAGCAUUGUAGUCGGCGCACUACCAUCGCAGUUGAGUAUUGCCGGUCGAACUCGCAUUUAUUGAAUCUCAGCCCUCACUCCCUCUUCUGGAAAAAAAAAAUGAAGAAAAAAACCUAAACCCGGAAGCAAAAUUACAUAUCAUGGGUGUGGCAGAGGACAGGAUCAGUGAAAUACCUGAAUCUCUUAUUCAUCAUAUUCUCUCUUCUCUCCAAUCAAAUGUAUUGCUUCAACUACAAUUUUAUCGAAAAGAUGGAACAAUCUCUGGUUAUCUCUUCCGGUUCUUGAUUUUACUCAAUGGCGAUCUCCUCCUCCUCCUAUUUCUACUGCACACGAACAUCAUAACGAAGAAGAAGUCGAUUCGGAUACAGACGAAGAUUCUGAGCAAGACGACUAUCGAGUGAUCAAAGAUUCACCUCCAGUCGAUUUAUCAGAGACUAAUAGGUUCAUGGAUUUUCUGGAUAAGGUAUUGUUUCUCGAUAACUUGGCUCAUGUUAAGAAAUUCUGUCUCAAAACUGAUAGUAUGUAUUUUGAUCAAGACCGUGUAAAGAAAUGGAUUAAUUCGAUUGUAUUGCGCGAUGUUGAAGAGCUUAUUCUUUAUAUCAAGUGCUCAGGGCCUAGAGUGGUUCCAUUAGAACUAUUUUAUUGUGAAUCAUACUGUGUUAGAUUUGCGGUUUCAGAACAAACAGGUUCUAGAUCAAUCACCAUUAUCAUUAAUCUCAUUUCAAAGACUUAAGAAACUCCGUCUUUCGUUUAUUGAAUUCAAGGAUAAAACAUUGGCAGUGCAGUUUUUUUCUAAUUGCCCCGUGCUUGAAGAUCUGUACAUGACUAAUGUCAGUUGGAAAGGUUUAGAUGUUAUAUGUUUCGCGUUACCUCAGCUUAAGUUUUUUACCAUAAGAGGUUUUGGAAGAGAAUCUAUUGAAAAUGUUAAGGUUAAGUUUGACACACCGAAUUUAUUGUCCCUUACGUGGUUUGAUCAUCUUCCGGAGGAAUUCAUUGUUGAUAGCUUUCCGUGUUUAGUUGAAGCUGGUAUUCGAUAUAACUUUGCAGAGGGUCAUACUAAAAGCAGAUAUCAUUCUUUGUAUGAGUUUGUUCAGAAGGUGUCUCAUGUAAACCACUUAAUGGUAUCGCAUACUUACUUUCGGCCCAAGAUUCUCGACGACUCAAGUGUUCUACCUAGAAGCUACCAUACCUUCAGUAAUUUGGUCAGUUUCGAAGUGGAUGUUAUUUAUUAUGGGCAAAUCGGACUGCUGUUCAACAUAAUUCUACAGUUUUCGCCAAAUUUAGCAUCACUCAUCUUCCAUCAGCUCUUUUGGUUUCAUAGACUCCAUGAGGAUGUGUUGCCGUUUAAUAUAGUGCCUCAGUGUUUGUUGCUAUCUCUCAAGUCCAUUGAGUUUCGAAAGUUUUACGGUUCCCCAAAGGAGAUGGAGGUGGUUAAAUUAUUUUUGGAGAGUGCUAGAGUUCUUCAGACUAUUACACUUGGAAGUUCAUCACAUCAUUUAGAACAUUUGAACAAGAAGAAACCUACAGCUGAGGAAGUAGAGGAUGCCAAUGAUAUAAUUCUGGAGCAGUUACAAACAUUUUCAUGGGCUUCAGCUGAUUGUUCAGUGAAGUUUCUGAGCCCUUAACUUCUUAUCUUUUUAGAUUUUGUUACUUUGCGGUUAAAUUAUGAAUUCAUGCCUUCUGAAAUCCCAGCUGAAACAAAACACAUUCUUAUAGUAAUAGUAAGCAUAUAUUUGUGUUUAUCAAUAUCGACUCUAGAUGCUUAACUGCAGAUUUUUGUAUAACUGCAAACAGAAAAAUAUUGGUUCUUCGUGACGCCAUGUUUUUCCAACUGAGA